CGGAUCACUCGGACGCAGGGCAAGCGCGGACGCGCGGUUCCGGACUCGUCAGUGGUGAACCUGGACCCGGCUGCCGCGAUGGGAGCGUCACUGAGCCGAACCGAGCACCAGUUCCAGGACCUGGCGGACCGAAGUGGAUUCACCGUGGAGCAGAUCAAGAACCUUCACGCCAGGUUCCAGCACCUGAGUGGAAACCAAGAGACCAUUAGCAGGGAGAACCUGGAGAACAUUCCGGCGCUCGCCAACAACCCCAUCAAGAAGCAGAUCAUCCAAGCCUUCUUUGACAAGAGGAACCAGCACCAGGGGGACGUGGGCUCUCUGCAGGAGAUUGGCUUCGAGCAGUUCAUCAUGGUGAUGUCACACUUCCGACCUCCGACCCUCAGAACCACAGAAGAGGAGCGGGAGGCCAUGAGGAGGGAGAAGCUGCGCUUUCUGUUCAACAUGCACGACACCGACAACGAUGGCACCAUCACUCUGGCUGAGUACAGGAAGGUGGUGGAGGAGCUCCUGUCCAAGAGCGGAUCCAUCGGGGAGGAAACCGUGAAGGCCAUCGCCGACGCCGCCAUGCUGGAGGUGGCCAGCACCAACGUCCCUCACAUGGCGCCCGACGACUUCUAUGAAGGAAUCACGUUCGAACACUUUGAGGAGAUCCUCAAAGGUCUUGAGAUGGAGACGAGGAUGCACAUCCGCUUCCUGGACAUGGACACCACCAUGCGCUGCGGGAAGGCCACUUCUUGAAGGCACCAAAGAUGUUCCGGUGACUUGCUCGGAUGUUCGGGGCGAACCGCAGACCUCCGUUUAAUCUAGCUUUAAUCAUUGUUAGCGUUAUUAACACGCAACUCUUGAUUCUGUGAUCCAAGUCCUGGAAGGCCUGGGAGGUCGGUUCCUCAAAUGUGAAACUGUAAACUCAAAUCAACCUCUCAGAAAUCAACUAACAAACCGGGAUCACAUCCUCCCCAAGGCGCUGACGCCUUCUCACCGAGAGCUCCGUCCCAUCGUUGUACCUCAGAUUCAGAAGGAGGUCUGGAUCCUGGAAACCUCACACAAUGAGGAUCAGGUCCUCUGAGUCUGAGAUCAGGGCCCCACAUCCUGUCCAGGCUGGAGUUGAGAUCUGAAGGUGGAGGAGGUGAAGUGCCUCAAACUUUUGUUGAGGAGUCAGGGAAGGUCUCCGAGCUGAAGAAGGAGCUGAGGCAGGAGCUGGGUUUCUCCCCUCACUUGGCAUCACCAGCUCAGGAGUGAUUCACAGAACAAGAGCUUCCCUGCCUGGACUCUCUUGAGAGAGUGAGAGGCUCAGUCAUCCAGGAGAGACUCAGCGCAGUGGUCAUUAGGUGGCAACUCUGGUAUCUUCGAGCAACAUACACAGAAGUCCUCUUGUGAUGACUAAACUUUUAUUUAGAACAUCUGUCAUUACAUGCUGCAUUCAGUGCACUUCGCUCUUCCUCUGCUCCCCCUGGCUCUCUGUGAGGAAACUGGUGUUUCAAGCCGCUUCCUCCUGACCGGAGCUGGCUUUUCCACCAACUGCUCGGCAGCUCGGAGGACGAGUGGAAUGGAAAUGCAGCAGACUGUGCUCUGCCUUGCUCCGGCAAAAAAGCCCGACCCGCCUGACCCCCCCUGACUCAGAUCCAGACUUCCUGCCAAAGACUCGCACUGUGCAUCAAUUGCAUCGCUGUCAUUCAGCAGCACAUUGUCAGAUUCAGAGUCAGCGCAGGAUAAUGUACCACCAAAACAUUUGGACCUCUUCACUGCAGCAGCUGCCCCCGCGACCUUCCACAUUGUACUGAGCGUGUCUGGUCCUCUAGGCCUCCACACAUUCAUGUCGUGAUCCUGAACUGACUCACAGAUUUUUCUCUCCAUGAUUAGUGUGUGUGCUUGUGUUUGUGUUUGUGUGUGUGUGUGUAAUCAAAGUAGAGUUUUGAAGACGUGACAGUCGUUCAAUAAACCGUAC